CACACACAUCUCUUAUCUCUCCCUCCAACUGUAAAUCUUCAGUUCUCCUUUACCUCGUUGCCGGAAGUAAAGAAUACAGAAAACAAAAAAAAAAUGUCAACCAAGAAGAAACAAAAACGCAAAAACAACGAUAGCGAUGAAGACGACGUUUUCUACUACCGCUACCCCACCGCCACCGCCACCGCCACCGCCACAUCCAAUAACCAAAUCCAAUCAAAAUCAAACAACAAAGCAUCAUCGAUAAUAUCGACAACAGGUGAAUCCUUAGCACCAUCAAAAUCAACACUAUAUGUUUCAAAUCUAGAUUACUCCUUAACAAACUCCGAUCUCCACACUCUCUUUUCGACUUUCGGCCGAAUCGCGCGUGUAACGGUUCUUAAAGACCGUCACACGCGCCUCAGCCGUGGUGUUGCGUUUAUUCAGUUUGUUUUGCGUCAGGAUGCGCAACGCGCUGUGACGGAAAUGAAUAAGAAGAUUUUGAAUGGACGGACUUUGACGGUGUCGAUUGCUGCUGAUAAUGGACGCGCGCCGGAGUUUAUUAAGAAGCGCGUGUAUAAUUCGGAGACUGGUUUGUGUUUUGAGUGUGGGGAGCAUGGUCAUUUGUCUUAUGAGUGUCCUAAGAAUCAGUUGGGGCCGAGGGAGCGGCCGCAGCCUAAGAAGCCGAGGCGUGGGUUUGGCGGGUUUAGGGAUAGACUGGAAGGUAAUGAUGAUGAUGAGGAUGAGGAGGAGGAAGAUGAUGGACAGUUUGAGCAAUAUAGUUGGGCUUCCAUUGUGGAUUGAUCAUGAGUUACGUAGAAUUGACAUUUCAUAUUGGAGGGCCUCUUUCCCAUAGAAGGUGAUUCAUUGGACAUACUCUUCACAGUCCACACCCUGAGCAAAAACAACUUUAUUGCGAAGGACCUUUACAUUCAAUCGUUCAGUUACAGUCAACAUUUCUGUUCAUGUGGCAUUGAGGGAUCCCACAUUGCCAACUGCUCUUCUGAUUACCUUUGCUCCUUGAUGCCUAUUAAGUUAGGAUAUUUACUGAUGUUUUAUUGGCCAACUGAAACUAGUCUUAGACAGUAAUCUUAUAUUUUUCUUGAAUAACCAUAAUGACAAAAGAAUAUGAGAUAAUCUUUUGUAGCUAUUUCAUGAUAAAACCCGGGCUGAGAAUUAUGGGUUGAUUAAUUUCCCCAACUUCCAUUUCAUGUGGGUUAGCAAAGUAAUUCAAGCUAUUGGUUAGAUUCUUAGUUUGAAUAUGAUUGAAUUAUUAUGAAUGAACUAAUCGUUUGAAUAUGUUUGAAUUAUUAUGUCCGUAUCUGUUAUGCAACAAGGGAUUUGACCAGAUUCUCAAUUUCAAACAUGAUGGUGUAGAGGGGAUUCCUUCAAACAUGGUGGCGUGGUGGCUUGUAUUCUCAAGUGCCAAAGGAACCACAUGAACCACUUUCUUUCACGCUAUAAUUUCAGAAUAAUAUGAUAGUAGUUGAUCGAUGUAUAAUUUAGUUGUCUUGUUAAUUAUCAUUGUGAAGAAUAAUUCAUUAUGUAUAAUUUAGUGGUCUACUAGUCUUUUAUUGAUAAUUGAAGUAAAAAAGAAGUUCAGUAUUUGUAUUUCUUCCUGUGUGGAUUGCAAGUUUGCCUCUUUUGUAACACAUCUCAUAGUGGAGAAAUAAGUGCUUUUCUCAUACAUGUGUGAGAGUAACA